CAGCUGAGGCGGUGCGCAAGAUGGCGGCGGCGAGGGGUGGUGUUGCCGGCUCGGUGCAGUAGAGCUCAGCGCUGAGAGGGUGGCUGCGUCCUGCCCCACAGGUCACCAGCCCGGCCUGGGAAGAUGCACUCUUUCGGAAAUGAAGAAGCAGUGUCUCAGGAGCAGCUGUUUGCGUUCUUCUGCGAGUGUGUACGGCAUGGAGACUGGGAGCUUGCGCAGGCCUGUGUGCCCCAGCUGAGCCAGUGGCAGGGGGAUGGCCCCGGGAAGGUGGAAGCAAUUCUUCUGGCUCUGGUAGCUUGUCCCAUGGGAGUAAGAUGGGAACAGAAUUCUAGCCCAUGGAGAACUGCAUGGCUUUGGCUUCUUGUGCUGGAAAAAUGGCUUGCCAGGAAUCAGAAAACUGUUCCAGUUGUUCUUCAGAGAGAAACAGAAUUUUUAUUGUUUUUGGAAGAACUACAGAAAGAUGUCUCUGAGGAAGUCCUAAAGGAACUGUUUGAAGCAUUUGAGUGCACCCAGAACAAGCACAUCACAGAUGGGAAAAGAAGAGAUGGUUGUUCUCACAGAUUCAGUUUGGAUGUUGUGUCAGCUCUCCGGAAGCUUUUGCUGCGGGCUCCCCAGAGGGCAAAAGCCCUGCUGGAGUUCUUUCAGGAGGAAGGAAGCACACAGAGCUCCUCGCUCCAGCAGUAUUGCUCUCUACAAAACAUCUUUGUUGAGUUUCUUCAUGAUUCCUUGAAAUCUCUGCAGAGGCUUCCGUGCAGUUCUGAGAUGUCAGCAGAACUAGAUCAAAGAGAACUAGUAGAUACAAUUUAUGCUGCUCUUAAUAUAGUGACUUUUGAGGUGGAGCAACAGGCAGAUGAAGUACAACACCUAUUCAUGGAGCUCCUGGAUGUGUGCUGGGCCGAGGGAAGCCCACUGAGGGAGGAGAAGCUACUAAGCUGUAUGCUGAGGAAACAGAACUAUGGCGUGUUAAGUCUGUAUAGCAGUAUUCUCAUAGAAAGAAUAAGAGAAAAAUAUUUGGUGUCAAAGUCAAUGCAAAAAGGUUUAUCUGAGCAGCUGGAUACAGAAAGAGCCGUGAUGAGUUUGUUCUCAGAUCCUGAAGAGACUUCUUGGAAGACAGCCUAUUUCUACUGCUUGAGCAGCAACAAGCACUUUCUGGAACAGAUUCUGGUGACUGCAUUAACUUUACUAAAAAGAGAAGACUACUCAGGCCUGAACAACUUACUGAGGAGAGAAUUCAACCCCCUUAGUCGCCUGUUGGUAUUGCUAGGAUGGACACACUGUCAGAGUGUGGAAUCAGCAAAAGCAUUGCUGUGGACUCUUCACAAAACUCGGGAUCUGUGCAGUGAUUUGGUACUGAAGGACUUCUGUGAUGGGCUGUGGUCCCAGGUGGAAGUUUUUGAAUGGUGCAUACAGCAAAACAGUAUUACUAUCCCAAGGAAAAUUCUUUUGCAACACUUGCACAGUCUAGAUUGCCACACCGCAAUAUACUCUCUUCAUCAUCUCACUAAUCUUCUGGCACUGAAUGAAGACGAUGUUAUUGAGCUGCUUCAGAAAGUUCCUGCUAGAGACCAACAGAUGGAGGGUAAAUGUGUAGGUCAGCAACGCAAUCUGGCACUCUUUCGAGCAUUUUGUGCCAUGAAGUAUGCUGUUUACGCUCUCUGUGUGAAUUCACAUAAGCAUUCCAAGUGCAAAGAUUGUGUACGCAGCCACCUUGGUGAUAUCCCUGAGGACAAAACUUCUGGAGAACCAGCAGAUUGCUCUUCAGUAUUUCCUCAGUACCUUGAGAAGUGUCAGCAGUUCUUAAGGAGUGUUCCUGCUCCUCUGCGCCUGGAGGUUUUGGAGAACAUUUUCUCCUUGCUUUUUGUUUCCUACAGUGAUCUCCAUACUGAUACUCUUUUACCUGAAGACUAUGCAGAAGAUGAUGAUAUUGAGAAAAAGAGUACUACUAUGAGUGUAGAAGGCAGUGCUAGUCGGCAUUCUUCCACCUCUGAAAGUCCACAGCGCCUAAUAGAGGCUGAAAAGAAAUCAGAGAGGCGUCUGCUGGCAGCUCAGACAGUUCACACAGGCCCCCAAGAUCUUCGUGACUUCAUGUUAGAUGGCCAAAGCUGUGAAACCUCUAGGCUGAGUUACCUGGAUCUGAAACACUUCGCCAGUGGUGCAACUGGAUUUUUAGUGGAUGAUGUGGCCAUGGAUGCCUUCCUCACAUUGCUUCUCAGCCAUCUGGAAGAAAUUCAGAGUUCUCUCCCAUGGGACUCUAGUAAUGUACUUCAGGAAGAGCUGGAGCUUGUAGAAUGCUUGAAUCUUUCUGCAACCAGAGAUGCCUUUGGAAGUCGUGUGUUACAGUUUUCCAAAUAUCUUUCUGAAGCUCAUUGGCGAUACAAGGUGGUAAUGAGUAACAGAAAUGCAGAACAUCACCUUGCAGCUUCCAGGAGAUACUGUUCUUUAAUCAGGUGCUCCAGCUUUAAGAAACGAAGUAGAUCUCAAAGGUACAAGACAGAUGGGAAAGAAGGAACUUCCAGUCCAUCCUUAGAAAGUACAAGUAGUGACCUAAGCACCAGUACUUCAGAGGGAAGCACCAGUAAUGUGUCUGGCUCAAGUGAUUUGGAAAGCAGAGUGAGACCACAGCAGCAAAACCCCCUAAUUCCUAUGAUGCUUUCCCCACCAGAAUCACUGUUAGUGUCUUGUGUUUUGAGAGGAAACUUCGUAGAAGCCCAUCAGGUGGCUUUGAUGUUUAAUCUGGAUACUUCACCUUGCUAUGGUGAAUUGGUUUUCAUGGAGCGCUACCAAGAGGCGGUACAAGAAAUGGCAAGAGUGGAGCACAACAUUGAGAAUCAAGCGUCAGAUGGCACUGGAGGCAUCAGGAAACCUGGCAGUGGCCGUUCAACCCUGCAGGCUAUUGGGAAUGCAGCAGCAGCUGGUAUGGUAUUUUAUUCCAUCUCGGAUGUUACUGAUAAAUUACUUGCAACUUCUGGAAGUCUUGCCCCUACUCUCCAAGAAAACUUCUGGAUCAACAACAUCCAGCUGGAGCAUACUGAUCCUCUGCGGGAAGUCCUGGAAGACCUCAGUCCUUCAGCAAUGGCAGCAUUUGACCUGGCUUGUACUCAGUGCCGUCUUUGGAAGACAUGCAAACAGCUUUUGGAAACAGCAGAAAGAAGACUAUACAACAGCCUUGAAACUCGGGGCCACCACCCUGACUUUGUUUCACUGUACUCUGAAGGUGUAAAGGGUUUUCCAGCAGUUCUCCAGCAAAUAAGUAAAAUCCUCAACUAUUCCUGUGCAUCUCAAGGGCAGUCCAAGCCAGAGGUCUCAGAUGAGAAAAUAGGGAGUCAUUUUCGAUGCAGUAUUGUUAACCUUCUGCAAGCUUGCUAUCCUGCCUUGACUGAAGAAAGUAUUACUAAUGAAAUAGUUUUAUCACAAAAUCUGGAUCAAAUCCUAAAAGCAUUGACACAUGUUGAACGUUCUGUAGACUCUAAAGGCAGCCUGCUUGGCACCUUGGUGGAGCAGGCCUCUCUCAAACCUGUGGAGCUGGAGAAGCACGUGGUUUGGAAUCAAUCACAGCUCCUGCUGAGAACUCUGGCCCAAAUUGUCCAAAUCACACCAGAGAGCAACAUACAGACAGACUUUGUGAAGGCCUUCUUUGACUACAUCACUAGACUGGCUGCUGUUUUAUUACAAAGCCUGAAUGCAGAGCUAGAUACAUCUACAGAAGUGAAAGUAGCGAACCCUUUCAUACUGUUACAGCAGAGUCCAUCUCAGCUGCUCUCCCAGCUUGUGUUUGAGAAACAGGUUCAACCUGACAGGGUUUCAUCUCUCUUGGCUAAAGAAGAGUUGAACUUGAAUGUGCAGCAAGUUAUUGUUAACUGUUGCUGUGAACCACUGUCAUUAUGCAGUGCAAGGCAAAACAGCCAGGCAAAGUCUCUUCUGGCAGACAUCAACAACUUAGCACAUCAGUGUGCCUGCCACUGCCUACCAGAUGUUGAAAUACCUGUUCUCCAUUCUGCAGUGAUCUCUGAGGAUAUCUCCAUUCAGGCCCCAUCCCCUGUGAAUGACUUGAGCCAGCACACACUCACUGCCUCCUCCCUAGACUUCCUAAAGUCUCAAUCAAAGCUGAUGGCUACAGUGGCAUGUCUAAGUGCAUCUAAUAUACAGAAAAUUCCCAAAUCGAGUUUAUCUUGGAUGGAAUUUCGGGGCAAAAGGGAGGUGCCCUUAGGUUUGGAGCAAAUUUCCAGGGAGUGUGAGACAUUGUUGAAGGAGUUUCCAAUAUUGGAACGAUUUCUUCUUACUAUGUUUGAGCCACUUCAGAAUCAGCAAGAGGAAGGUUGCAGUUUGGCUGCCAUCUUCUCUGGCAAGACAUACAUAUCUCUGGUUCUCCUAGGACUGCAUUCCACCACAGCCGUUAAGGUAUUAAUGGGAGUCUUUCAACAAGCUCUUGCUGCAAAGAACUGGGACAGAGCUCUGAAGGUCUUAGAUCUGUACAGUCAGGACAUGGAGGAGCUGGUCAGUGUGAAGGAUGCUGUGCUGAGCUGUGCAACUGCUGAAGAUAAGGAUGGUUGGCAGUACUUAUUCCCAGUGAAAAAUGCAACAUUGAGAAGUAGGUUGGCUCUGCGCUGUCUGGACAAAUGGCCUCUUGAUGCCUGCUUGGAAAUCCUAGCUUAUUGCAUUUCUGAUUUGGGCAUAGCUGAUGAACUGAAAGCCAUUCUGCAGAGCAGGAAGAAAGAACUUCAGGUUUAUCAGAAGAUUCUGAAUGUGCAAAAUGAACCAUUGUGGAAUGACUGGCAGGAGCUGAAAAAAACCUGCACUGAAGACCCGCAGGCUGUCAUGAAUAUAAUUCUGAAGGCAAAGGAUUAUGAGUUGUGUGAGGAAUGGGAGCACUUGUAUCCUGUCCCAAGAGAAGAGCUGAUCAACCUUCACCGUGAGCACCUUCUUCACUUACUGGAGAUAGGAGACGUGGAAAAAGCAUUGCAGCUUUUACAAAGGAUUGAAGACCCUGGCAUUUGCCUUGCCAUCAGUGAACAGUCCCUUGACCAGCAUCCAAACUUGGCAGCCUCUCACUUAUUGGCUGAUUACCUCACAGCUCACUUCUAUGCAAAUCUGACAACAGCACGCCGUAAUGAAAUCCAGGCACUCUAUAUGGGAUCAAAGGUGCUGCUGACUCUGCCUGAGCUCUCCCGUGUUAACUACUUCCACCUGUCCUCCAGGCCGCUGCUCAUGCUGGAACAGCUUCUCAUGAAUAUGAAGGUGGACUGGUUAGCUGUUGCUGUGCAGACACUGCACCAGCUCUUAGCUGGGCAGGAAGUUGGCUUUACUGUAGAAGACAUUGACAAUUUGCUCUCCAAGUAUGCAGAAAAAGCUCUCAACUUCCCUUUUUCAUUAAAAGAAAAGAGAUCAGAUUCUCUCAUACGUAUCCAAGAAAGCCUCAAUCAGGUAUUGGAGUCUGAAACAAUGUCUAAAUCGGGAUCAUCAGAGCUAUCUCCUGUCAGCUUUACUGGUGUCACCAUAUCUGCAAGUCCCAGAGACAGAAUUCUGCAGCAGAAUUCGUGCCCUCAAGAAUUUGUGCCUCCUGAGAAGCCACCACCAAAGCAGCAAUGGAUACCUGACGACACUGAAACAAUAUGUAUGGUUUGCAAAACUGAACGUUUCACUAUGUUUAACAGGCGCCAUCACUGCAGGCGCUGUGGCAGGCUGGUGUGCAGCUCUUGCUCCACCAAGAAAAUGGCAGUAGAAGCUUGCAGAGAAAAUCUGUCUCGUGUAUGCGAUCAAUGCUAUAGCUACUACAACAGAGACCAUCUGCCUGGCUUGCCUUCUGAGGAAUGGUUGGCUGUAGAAACUUCUAAUAAUGACUAUUCCACAGUGGUGCGAAUACCCAAAGCAACUGAGCUUGAAUGGAUUUUUUCACUGAAUGAAGAGGAGAAUGAAAUUGUACGCAGUGAAUUUUAUUAUGAACAGGCUCCCAGCUCUUCCUUGUGUAUUGCCAUCCUUAGUCUGCACAGUGACAGCAUAGUUUGUGGCCACCAGCUGAUAGAUCACUGCUGCAAGUUGUCCCAGGGGCUCACUAACCCUGAGGUGGAUGCUGGUCUGCUUAUGGACAUCAUGAAACAGUUGCUUUUCAGUGCCAAAAUGAUGUUUGUAAAAGCUGGAAGGAGCCAGGACCUAGCUCUCUGUGACAGCUACAUCAGCAAAGUGGAUGUGUUGAAUAUUUUGGUUGCUGCUGCCUACCAUCCAAUACCAUCUUUAGAUCAGAUUCUUCUCCCUGCAGCAGUAACAAGAUUAAGAAAUCAGCUUCUGGAAGCAGAGUACUAUCAACUAGCUAUAGAGGUUUCUACAAAAUCUGGGUUGGAUCCAGGUGGAGCAUGGCAUGCCUGGGGCAUGGCUUGCCUUAAAGCUGGAAAUUUAAGUUCAGCCAGGGAGAAGUUUAACCGAUGUUUAAAACCACCUAUGGAUCUAAACCAGCUGAACCAUGGUUCAAGGCUUGUCCAGGAUGUGAUACAGUACCUGGAGUCCACAGUGAAACCCAUACUCAUUGCGGUAAGAGAUGAUGAUUACUUUGCCACAUUGAGGGAACUUGAAGCAACACUGAGGACAAGAAGUCUGUCUCUGGAGAUGAUGUGUGAGGGGAAGAUUCAGCACAACAGCUACUAUCAAGAGUGCUUGUUCUAUUUACAUAGUUACGGCACUAAUCUGGCAAUAAUAAGCUUUUACAUGAGGCAUGACUGUAUGAGAGAAGCACUGCUUCACUUGCUAAAUAAGGAAUCCCCAUCAGAAGUGUUCAUUGAAGGGAUCUUUAUUCCAAGUUAUGAAAGUGGAAAACUGCAUAUGUUGGAGAACUUGCUGGAAACCAUUGAUCCAGGGUUGGAGAGCUGGGGAGUCUACUUGAUUGCAGCCUGCAAAUACUUGCAGAGAAAGAACUACUACCAUAUUCUGUAUGAGCUGCAACAGUUCAUGAAGGAUCAUGUUCGUGCUGCCAUGACCUGCAUUAGAUUUUUCACUCAUGGAGCAAAGUCUUACACUGAACUGGGAGGCAAACAGACGUGGCUUCUAAAGAUCAAGGACCAUCUCAAAGUCUAUCUGCAGGAGGUCUCAAGAAAUUCAGGAAGGAAAAAAAUGGCAUGCACUUUUCGGAAGAAAAUGUCUGCUACAGAUGUGUCAAGGCACAUCAAUACAGUUGAUCUGCAGAUGGAAGUAACAAAGUUCCUGCAUCGAUGUGAGAGCUCAGGAACCUCUCAAAUGACAGGUUCCUCCUUGCCCACACUCUUUGGAAACAAUAACAUGAAAAUGGAUGUUGCUUGCAAGGUCAUGUUGGAAGGCAAGAACAUUGAAGAAGGUUUUGGGAUUGCAUUUAGAGUCCUUCAGGACUUCCAGUUGGAGGCUAUGGAAGUGUACAGCAAAGUGGCCACGCAGCUGGUGAAGCAGCAGAAGUACAGUGAGAUUCGGCAGCUCCUCAAGUGUGUCAAUGAGUCUGGAGUUGCAGCAAAAAAUGAUGGGGAUAACAUUAUCCUGAACUGUCUAAAUGAGUUCAAGAACAUUCCUGCUGAGGAUCUUGAUAAUCUGAUUCAGGAUAUGGACAGUGAUGAAAACAAGAUCCAGGCCUAUGUGAUGUGCAACAAGUUGCGUUCUGCCUACCUUGUCUCGGUGAGACAGGAAAAGACCAGAGCAGUGCAGCUAGUGCAGCAUGUGCGACAGCUAGCUGAGAGCAGCAGAGAUGACAUUGUGAAGGCCAUCUGUACCCAGUGGCUCCUGGCACACCAGCCCAAAACCAGAAAUCGGCUUCCCCAGAGCACUAGGAAGUAAUGAGUAAUUGAUGUUCGCCACCAUACAGAGAGGCAAGGCUUCAAGAUGGCUUAAAGGCAUGUGGCUCAGCAGUCUCUUCGUAACAUGGAAAUCUCUUGGCUGAUGUUGGUGGCAAAUGGAUGCUGCUAAUGUGCCUCUGGUGGAAGGAAGGGAGCUAAAUUACAAGUGCCAGUCCUGUAUUUUGACAAACAGUCACUACCUCAGGGUGUUUUUUGGCUAUCUUUUGGGGGGGGAUAAGGGGACAGUUUUAAAGUGAACAAGCAAGAAUUUAGGUGAGUACUUCUCUUUCUGGGUUGGGAGGGAGGAGGUAUUGUUGGGGUUUGGGCCUAUUUUUUUUUUUUUAAUCCAGAAAUCCUAAAUAGAGAGGACAGUAAAAUCUCAUCAACUCAGUGUAGCCUGGAGUAUAAAACUUCUAUGAUUAUGGGUUUCCUGUAAGGUUUUUUGAGAUUGGAGUUGUCCUCUUACAAAGACUGAAAUGCAGAGAUUUUGUUUAAGCCUUUCUACAAACCAUUGCUAGUCCUUUCUUCUUUUUCUUCUUCUUCCCUGGGUUUUCCUCUCCCCUCCCACUAGUACAGCAUGCCCAGUUUCUUUAGUUCUCUUGAAAAGGUACGAAGUGAUUCUCCAUGGUGGGUUCCUACUUACCAGUCACAUUGUCUGAUGUAUGCCAUACAUAUGGUACUUGAGCCCUUACUAGAUGAAUGAAGUUAUAAAGGGUGUAUCCUGUAAUGGGAGUACAAAGGGAAAAUACUACUUUAAAAUAGUUGAAAAAUCAUGCACCUCUUUCUUUGCUGUGGUAAUAUCAAAUAAACUGUUGCAGUGCAGCUUUAUCACUAAACAGUAAACUUCCACAGUUUUUCAUCAGGUAUAGGAGAAAAUACGGAUAAAGCAAACUGUGGUAGAAUUCAACAGGCUGUCUAUAUCCCUGUCACACAGGGAUUUAUUUGUUUCUUAUCAGAAAACUGUCACUGUCAGGUACGAUUAAACACCAGACUGAAUUUGUAUUAACUUGACAUACUAUAUAGACUAUAUUGACAGGCUUUGCUCUGGAAGUGUUAGGUUAACUCAUAUUUAUGAAAAAGCAGAAAUCUUUGUGUAAUGGCUGUGUUCAAGGAUGCUGAAAAAAGCACCUGUGACUGGGACAUGAGAAUGGUAGACAGUAGUGGGACCUUCCGAAAGAAAUGGAACAAAGCAAGGUACUCAACAAGAGUUUGUUCUUGUUGUUUACAUAUACUUAAGCACAAGAAGUAGGAAAACUAGUUCACUUUGGAAGUAAACUAAACUUUUUAACAAAAGAAGAAACAGGUUUUCUGACGUGUAAUAUAACUAUAAAUAGUUUUAGUACAUAAACUGUCAAAUAAAUACAUAACUGUCAAAUAAAGUUUUGCACUAUUCCCAAGCUCACUGUAGUGACAGAACGCACUUCCAUGUGUUCAGAAAGGCACUUGGCCGGCACCUGUUUUAGUGUUUCAUGAGCAGCACCCCACUGAUGCAAACACCUCUCUUGGAGGUGCUCUGCUCACUAGAGCAGGGCUAGAAAUGUCUCUGAGCAAAGCAUUUGGAAAUGACCACAGUUAACAUUCAGAAUCUCCUGACCACAGAUUUGCGUUAUCUCAUUAGUGAGCAGUACUAAUGAAAGCUUUUGUUUCUUGACCAGGCUGACCUAGCUUUCCUUCAGAUUACAGUCAUUAGGCUAUUCCUAAAGCCUGGCACUAUCCGUGUCUUCAGUCAUUUCCAAAUCUCUAAUUAUGCAGAGGUUUUACUGUUUAUGGUAUUCAGAUCAGCAUUGCUGUAAUGCCUAGUGUUCUGAAAUGUUCCUUCAGCUCUGUAGAGCACAGAGAGUGGGGUUUGUCAUGCAGACCAGUCAGUUCUGUACCUGCCUUUCCUCCUGACCUCUUUGCACUGUACCUCAUGCACUUUAUAUAGCAUUUGUUGUAAUGUGAUUUUCCUAACUUGGAAUCUGGAAAUCUUUCUCUUGCCAGCAGAACUGGUUGAUCCUGACUAACUGCCUUGUGUCACGACUCAUGCAAUUAACAAGGGGCUUUGAAUUUUUGAGCAGCAAAAAGGGAUUGAGUACUGCCAGUUAAUAACUUCUCUAUUAAUGACCAAGGUUUGUUUACAAUGGAAAAAAAGAAUAAAGUAUUAUGACUGUUCACAUA